AUGGCCUCCAAGGUCUUACAGAACAACACCAACAGCAGCUGGAUGAAAGAUCCAGGGCUGCGGAAACUAAACCUGGGGAUCGGGUUUAUGCUAUCUGCAUCGGCUACAGCCGGAUAUUGUGCUAGCAUGAUAAAUGGCCUCCUGGUGCUUCCUGAAUUCUCGAAAUUUCUGGAAGGCCUUGACACAAAUGCGCGAGGUCUUGUUAUCGCAGCUGUCUCGCUGGGAUCAUUUUGCUCCUUCAUCCCCGGAUCUUACAUCGCCGACAAUCUGGGGCGGAGGAUCUGCGUUCUCAUCGGUUCCUCGCUAGUGAUCAUCGCUUCAAUUACUCAAGUCGCUACAAACAAUCAUUGGGUCUUCUUCGGUGCCCGUGUUCUAGCUGGAAUAGGAGUUGGAGUCUCACAAACCGCUGCGCCAUUGCUCAUUACCGAAUCAACACAUCCACGCCAACGACAGACCUUCACAGGUCUAUACAAUGCACUUUGGUUCAUCGGAUCGAUCACAUCGGCUGCUAUUGGUUUUGCUGGACUCACGAUUGUAGGGAGUUGGUCAUGGAAACUCCCCUGUUUGACGCAGGUGUUUUAUCCGGUCCUUCAAUUGAUAGGACUUUGCUUUGUUCCCGAGAGCCCAAGAUGGUUGGUCUCUCGGGGCAGGAAAGAGGAGGGAAUGGCUAUGUUGGCAAAAUAUCACGCCAAUGGAGAUGAAAACGACGAACUUGUUCAGGACGAAUUCUACCAGAUUUGCAAGAGCAUCAAUGCGGAAUCCGAUAAGAGCUGCCGACGCUGGAGCACUUUCUUUGCAACCCGGAGCAACAUGCAUCGUCUAUCCAUUUGUGUGAUCCUGGGAUUUAUGCAAGAAUGGUCUGGAAAUGGCGUGGUUUCUUAUUAUCUAGCGCCGAUUCUAGAAUCAGUCGGUAUAUAUAAUGCAUCUCACCAGGCCGCCAUCAAUAUCAGCCUGCAGGUGUGGAACCUAGCAUUCGCGGUCGGCGGAGCAAUGGCUGCAGACAGAUACGGACGACGAAAACUCUGGCUAAUCGCAACAAUGCUGAUGUUCAUCUACCUAUCCGCCGCGACGACUAUGUCGGGUCUCUUCCAAGAACUGCACGUUCUAGAGGCCGGCAUUGCAGUGGUUCCCAUGCUUUUCCUGUUUUGCAGCGCUUACGAUAUGGCAUAUAUGCCAUUGUUUAUUGCAUACCCAGCUGAAAUCCUGCCCUUCCAACUCCGCGCCAAGGGCCUUGCCAUCACACUGACCACGGAUUCGAUGGCUUGCUUCUUCAACCAGUAUAUAAACCCCGUGGCCUUGGCAGCAAUCCACUGGAAGUACUUCACGGUGUAUCUGGGUUGUCUUGUGAUUUUCAUGGGGACGAUCUACUUCCUCUUCCCGGAGACUAAAGGGCUAUCUCUGGAAGAGGUGGCGCGAAUCUUCGAAAAGGAGAAGACUUACCAGGUGGAGACACCCUCGGAUGUUUCGCAAGAGCUGCUCGUGUUCCAGAAAAAGGGCAGCACCUCAUCGUGA